AUGGAAGAGCUUAGGCGAUUGGAGAAGCUUCAGAGUGUUGAAGCAGCCAUCACUUCUAAUGGUUUACUUUCUUCUUCAACUUCCGAUCAAGCUUCCUCUCGAUUCCUUUCCACCCUCGUCCUUUUCCUGGUACAACCAUGCGGCGACCUCGAUAUUGAUUCGAAACUCGGCCUCGUCUCUGAUUUCAUCCCGAAAAUACCUGGACCUUUCCUCGAGGAGAUAUCGAAGUCAAUUCAGCGAGCAAACACAACAGAGUCCCAAAAGAGUCAUGUGGACAAGGUUGAUCCUGACGCUUCAGAGAAACAUGAAGAACUCGUGGCAAUGGUCGGGCUUGAUGCAAUGAAAAGAGCAAACUCUACACUUGAGGAUUUCUCAAGGUCUUACUUCAUGUUCCAUCAGCUGGAGAUUAGUCAACCACAGUCACUCUUCAGAUAUUUACCCAUGCUUUCAUUCACUGAGAGUUACAUAUAUCAGAUUGAUGCUCUUAAUGAGAAGAUAGUCAGUGAAUCAGCUUGUGGAUCCCAAGUCAUUUGUUUAAACAAUGGAUGGAAUGCUGAAUCACGAGUUCUGUUUGAAACUGAUCCAUUGAAACCGCUGGGAGAUGUGCUUGAACGUGAGGGUCUUCUGACUCAAAGAAUACAACACGAGUUUAACUCGGGCAAAGAGUAUUGGGCGUUAGAAAGACAGCUUUGUGAUGCUCUUUCAAACAAAAACAAGAUCCGUCUCGAGGAUGUGAUGAGAGCAAUUCAUUUGAAGUCUUUUGAUUACCGGGUGUUGAAUCUUCUACUAUACAAGCUGAGAGGAGAAGAGUAUCUAAGUGCAUAUAGAUUGGAGUUGUAUUUGAUACAUAUGUCUUUGUCUUCUUUCUUCGGAACUGUGGAAAAGGUGAAUGAGUUGCAUAUGGACUUCUUGUCAAUUUCAGAGUUCCUAGUUGAAGUAGCUGAUGAUCUGUUCGAUUACGAGGUUAGAGCUACCGUCAAAGAACUCCUGAUGAGGUCACAUCACGAUCUCUACUGA